AUGCUAGUUUACCUUCUGGUUUCCAAAGAAUAUGAUGUUAUGCUCGAAGCAGCAGAGGAGCUAAUCCAAAGAUUCCAGAAUCAGUGGAUGAUGUUGGCAGAAUCGAACGCUGUAGCUGCACAAUGGAAGGAACAGCUAUUUAACAGACAAGUUGAUGACCAAACUUCUCUGAAUACCCGAUGUCUAACUCAGUGUAAGUGGGAAGAAAUCAACGCAUGCUUGAAGGAGAUAACAGGUCCAGAUGACCCACUGACAAAAGCUGAAUGUCAUUUGACUACAACAACGGGUGUAUAUACGGUACUUCCAAAGAACACGCAGAAUGAAAUGUGUGAUCUUGAGAUAUUAAGUGCCACAGCUUGUAGUGAGCUGGAAACAAUGGGGGAAGAAGAAAAAUUCAAAAUCCAAACGGAGGCAGAAAAACACUUCUACGAAGGUCAUUCUCCAUCAUGGGUGAAUUUUUAUUCUGCUCAUGUUCAAACACGAAAGAUUCAUGGCAGUAUUCUGGAGAAUGUGAAAGAUACGCUCAAAGGAAAUGUUUCAGAUAACCACAAUAUCGGCCGAGUAACAUUAUACCACCAACCAGGAUCGGGUGGCACAACAACAGCAAAGGGGCUUCUGUGGGACCUGAAGGAAAGGUACAGGUGUUGCAUUCUUCACAAAUAUUCCAAGGAAUCUCACAAACAAAUUGUAUCCCUGUGGCAGUACAAGGAAGAGAAACGCAGUCCAGUACUUGUGAUGGUAGAUAAUCUUGAAGAAGAUAAACUCCAAACUCUGAUGGAAUUGUUAAAAGUUGAAGCAAGCACUCACUUCCAAGGAUUUCCUGGUGUUUUGUGUGUUUUACUCAUAUGUCAUCGACAAACAUGUCUUCCUACAAACAGAGAAGGAAUGAUGUUUAUGUUGACUCAAGAAUUAAACCCUGAAGAAAAGAACUGGUUUCAAUCAAAAUACUUUGAACUAACGCAAAGCUUCAAAAGACAAAAAGGACCCAAUCCAAAAAAUCUUUUGUCACUGAACAUUAUGAAGGAAAAUUUCAGCGAAAUUUACAUUGAAAAUACCGUAAACGAGAUCAUACUGAGUAUAAAAUCUCACCAGGAGAAAUCUCUGCUGAAAUAUGUAUCACUCCUAAAUGCCUAUGACCUCCGUUUCCGUGGUGUGCCAGUUCCUUGCUUUGACCUUCUCAUGUCAGAGAGAAAGCGCAUAACAGGACAGCGAUGGGAGAAAUGUUUAAGCACCCCAUUGAAGAUGCUUAUAACCACUACAAAAGAUCAAACAAAAUCUAUACGUGUCAUAAAUCCAUUACUUUGUAAGUGGAUUCUGACAAUUCUCAUGAAAGUGGAUGGCCAGACACUCAGCGAUGUAAUGCUAGAAUUCCUAAAUUCAGAAUUUUGCAAAUGGCGGGUAGAUGUGGCAAGCAGAGACCUUUUCAAAAUCUUGAAGGAAAUUAUGAAACUGAGAGAACCUACUGCAUCUGGAAAACCAUCAACCUUUUCACGUCUGAUUCAGGAGCUUUAUGACUCAAAGGAUGUUGAUGCAGCUGCAGAGAUCCUAGAAACAACUUUUGACAAAACUUCAGAUAUCUACAUUGCUCAGCAGUUGGCACGUCUGUUCAUCGUAUGUGAGAACUGGGAUCAGGCAAUCAGAUAUGCAUCUGAAGCGACAGAUAAACAGCCAAACAACUCGUAUUUGUGGGACACACAUGGACAGAUCUUCAAAGUCAGACUUUCGAAAUUGUUCGAGACAGGGUUAGCAACAGAUCCUGAAGACACUAAGAAGCUAAUGAAAGAAGCAGUAGAAUGUGCUUAUGAAGGCACUGAAAGAUUCAUCAAGGUUCAACAGCUCAGCAGCUUGGAAGACAUCAUCGAUCGAAACACAGCCGGGUAUUUUGGACAAGUUGACAUUUGCAGUUCUCUCCUGGACACAUUGUCCCUCAUUCCGGAUUUCAAGAACAAAGCCAAUCUCAGGAUGUUUCUACAAGGGGAAUCAUCAUCAAAGCCAACAGAACUAGAUCUAGUGACAGAUGAACAACGUUUAUGGUUACAAUCCCUUCAAAAACAUGUCUUCAUGACACUGAGAAAACUGGACGACGAGGCUGACAAGUACAGAGUGGAAUGUACUGGUCCUCAAUCACGGAAUUAUCACUUCUUUCAGAGAAGAAAUAUUGACAAGUUGAGGCAAACAAUCAGCAGGUACUUUGGUGAUGAGGAUGCUCCCACUUUGUCUGGAGCUGCAAAAUUAACACCAGAUAAACGCCGCCGCCAAGUUCGAAAUUUUGGGGUUUACUCUUUGCAAAACGUACUUCAGCUGCUGAAAGAAAAAAAUUCAAGAGACAUAUUGUUGACCAUUUAUGGCUUGAGUCAAAUGAACCUUGCGUCAAAACCUUUGCCAUUUGAUUGUCGCAUUGCAAUUGGAUCAGCACUGGCCCUGCUUCAGGUCGCUCCAUCAGCCUCAGAUCUGCCUUCAUUUGCUGUUUUGUUGGAGGCUAGCUCUUGUCUGUAUGACAUGAACCAUGAAGACAAGUACAUUGACCUUGAACCCUACCUUUACCUGCUGCUGCUUCAUUGGCCAACACCAAACAGGAAACACCAUCAACUUGCCAAGACAGUUAAACUUGCUGAAGCACUGACCAAAUGGAAGGAUGCAUAUAGAAGAAAAUAUCCCAGACAACAAAGAAAUCCACAUGGAACUGAGAGGCCAUUUUUCUUUCUCACGAAACGAGAAGGUAUUGAAAGUGUUGUACAUUAUCAUCAGUUGAGGAAUUACAACAAAGCAUUUGGGAAUUACAAACUUCAGAGUCUUUUAAGUAUCAGAGAAAACCAGAAUCUGUUCCACAGGUUUAAAGGCCUGCUGGCAGGAAACGGAUGGGAGGUCAACAUACGAUGGGAAACGCAAAGCGGCAACAAACUACCAGCUUUCACCAUACCUCUCCACACAAGAGAAUCACGCCCGUCUCUACGAAACAAGCCGGUUAGUUUCGUGAUUGGGUUUGGUUGGUCAGGUCCAAUGGCAUGCGACAUACAAACUGAGUCAACCAAUCUUGGAGCUGUCACUCCUGCACAUAGCCUGGCUCCCCUACAGCACCUGAUGCCGACCGUCAGAUGUGUACCACCAGCCCUUCAUACGGACGUGGGUCAUCUCAUAGCUAUCAACGAGAAAUUGAAGCAGAUCCAGCGGCUGAAACACAUUCCAAGAAACCGCCUCCAUCCACAGCAGCUGUCUCUGAUGCAGCAGGAGACACAUCUUCUGUACCAGAAGGACGCACUACUGCGACAGCGGCGCGAGGAAUGCCUGGGCUUUCUCUGAGACUCUUCCAAUUCCAGAUGGCGCCAUGGCAAACCUGAUACUGGAAAGUGUGCAAACACUAAACUUGAUGCAUUCUUAUUAGCAUGCAAAUAUCCUUCAUUAUCUUGUAAUAGUUGCUAGUGCCUCGUAUCAACUUGUAACUUUUGAAUUAUGUUUAUCAUUGUAUUGAUGAUCAUUUUACAUUAGCCACAUUGUGCAUGGAGGAUUGCAUUUUCAGACUAGUGCAAUAAAAUAACACACACGCACGCAUGCACGCGCUGCUAAUCGUUCUCCAACAUGCUUCAAGGUAUCUCCAGAGUCAGAUGUUGGUGAGCAUGUUGGGUUUAUGUAAAUGCCACUAAUUGACUGUGUUCACCAACAGUAGUGUUGUACAGA